AUGUUCAUGCAGCUGGUCAAGUAUCUACUGUUUGGAAGUCACUACAUUGUGCUCGAUACGCCGCUUCUCUUUGAAUCGGGCUAUCACAAGAUUCUCUGGACAGUCAUUGUGGUGUGGUGUGACGACGAUACUCAGAUAUCCCGCCUGAUGCUUCGCGACAGUCUUACCAAGGAGGAAGCGUUAUCGAGAAUAAACAGUCAGUUUCCGAUUCGUAAAAAGAUGGAACUGGCCACGAUUCUCAUAGACAAUAAUGGAACUAAAGAAGAUUUGAAAGCAAAGGUUCAAGUUUGA